ACGAACGUAAAAACGCCGGUACAAGCGAGUAACCGCCAGAUGAACUCAGGCUGUUUGGGUGAAAACCUGCGGAGCUGAACACACGUAUUCGGUGUCUUUCUGGUGUUUCUGUUGUAAAGGAUCACCAUCUAAGCAUGAAUUUCUCGCGAAAACUAACCAGUCAGUUUGCUAUGAACAUGAAAAACAUGGGGCGAAACAGCUGUGAUCGCAACGGCAAGGAAAAAGAAUCCUUCGAGAAGACCUAUGCAAUCGGACAGCUGCUUGGAAGUGGAGGAUUUGGAACUGUGUACGCCGGAACCAGAGUCCGAGAUAAUUUGCCGGUCGCAAUUAAGCUUGUGACGAAGGAAAAAGUCAACGAUUGGAGUCAGAUUAAUGGCCAGAAGGUACCACUCGAAGUCCAUCUUCUGAAGAAAGUUGCCCACAUACGGGGGUGCAUCAAAAUGUUGGAUUUCUACGACCGAGCAGACAAUUUUAUUAUAGUCAUGGAGCGCCCCGAGCCUGCAAAGGACUUGUUCGAUUUCAUCACGGAGCGAGGGCCCCUCGAUGAGGAACUCUGUCGCAAAUUCUUCCGUCAGAUCGUCGAGACAACACGGUGCUGCCACGAAGCUGGUGUGCUACACCGAGACCUCAAGGAUGAGAACAUUCUGGUCGACAUGAAGUCGGGCGAUCUGAAGCUGAUUGACUUUGGGUCGGGCGCCAUUCUCCGAGACACCGUCUACAAAGAUUUUGAUGGUACCCGUGUCUACAGUCCACCAGAGUGGAUUCGUUCCCACCGUUACCAUGGUCGGCCCGCUGCUGUUUGGUCCCUGGGCAUCUUGUUGUUCGACAUGGCAUGUGGUGACAUACCCUUUGAGCAGGACGAUGAAAUCUGUCGAGCCGAACUCAUCUUCAAGGAUGGGCUCUCGCAGUCCCUGAAGCACCUGAUCUGCUCCAUGCUGCGGGUCAAGCCCAUGCACAGACUGAAUUUGGAUGAGAUACUGGACCACCCAUGGAUGAAGAAGGGACAGUGCGAGGGCGGCAAACAACUGAUGAAGUGCACGCAGUCGGCAGGGAGUGAGGAAAGCAUAAACCGGUCACCCCUGAGCAGUGCCAGCUCCAGUGAGGAGGACCUCAUCAGACAGUCCAGUGGUUCGCCGACCAGUGACAUGCAGUGCACAGACUCCUGUCCGCAAGAUUUGUCUUGCCGCCCCAUCUACCUGGAGGUUGAAUGCUGACCAAGGGUCCACCCACAAAGCAAACUGGAUAUGCUGGCCAAUCCGUAAAUGUUAAAGACUCGCAAAUAUGUGGAUUCUUGGGACAAUCACUGUGGUCAUUUUUGUUUUUUGGUGGUUAAUCUACACAAAGUGCAAUACUUUUUUAAGUUAAGUCACAGCCUGGAACUCGAAGUCGGAUAUUCAUCACCAGCAGUGCAUUGAGGUAUUCACCAGACUUAAAGUGUUCCAGUAGACCAAAUGAGUGCAACAACCACUGUGCCUUCCAUUGUCAAAACCAAACAAAACAAGUCUGGUUGACGUGGCUUUCGUCUAACCAUUACCUCAAUGUGCUGGGUGUGAAGUGCCGGCUGGGAGAUUACGGGCAAAUGUGUCGUGAAGAAAUUCUGUAUUCAAUGCAAGCUGGCAGCAAUAUGUUAAGUGGGCGUUUUGGUUGUCGCUUGUGCCAGACAGGCCCUCCUUGGCAGAACUUCCUCAGACUUGGCAUAAACAUCCUGCUAACCUGAUGAAGCAAUUUCCUGGAUUUCUAGAAAUCGUGGAUCCAUUGUAACAUUAUACCAUAUAUGCUGUCCGGCCAAAAUAUAUUGGUGCUGCCGUUUCACUGUUGCAAAAACGAAAAUCUGUUACCGGUGUUUUAGUGAAAUGGUGUUUAUUAGGAUAUGUUAAUUUAUUGAUCUUAGCUCCUAGUUCUGCACAGUUCAUGUGGUGUUGUAUUUUUUCCUUCUCUAAUAUUUAAAUUCCAAAUUCAUUCAAGUUCAUUGAUUAAUAUGUCCUGUUUGGUGCGGUUCGAUUUUAAACUGAAUUGUAAAGCUAAGCACCCAAGACAUUGCUCAGCAAAACCUCCAGGUAUGGGUGUGUGCAGGUGUUUCAAUUGUUAGAGGCGUUUUAAUUCAGUUUAAUCAGACUUCUCUAGCGUGGUUUCCUUUUAUUUGAGCUUGGUUGAAUUUGGAAAGUCUAUUUUUAUUUAUUUAUCUGUCACUGUCACGCUCAAUUGUUUUUAAGCCCCAUGGGACUAGAUCUUAAAUGUUAACUUAUUGUCAGGUUAUACCUCACUGUAUGUUUUAAUUAUUUUGUAAAUAACAGAGUGUAUAUUUUUUUAUAUUAAUGCAAUAAAUUCAUGUUGCCAGUGUGGCGAAGAGGAUAAUUUA